AAGCGUAAACUCCCCACACGAUCCGCAUCGUCAGCCCAGUAAGACCGGUAUAAAAAUGCUCGUUAACGCACGAGCGAUACGACAGAGUAUCGGGAUCGUAGUGGCUCAGUGCCGUCGGGACUUGGAGUCAAACCGUACCCUUGAUUAUCACACUAGGAUGAGGACUUCAUUAAUUCUUGUUGCCAUGGUGAUGGUGAGUGUUCUGCUCCCGUACACCUACGGCUCAUCAUGUGACUCCUUCUGUACCGAGCAAGCGAACAAGUGUCUGACGGGCUGUGAGGGCUUCAUGGGGUGUAUGGAGUGCACGAACUUCGCCGGCCACUGUCGGGAGCAAUGUCGAAAGAGAUCCGUCAAGAGACGCAAGGAGAUUCGAGCGCAAUUUACAAAAGAACCCACAGAAGAAUCUUAACCACCACCUCCUCCCCCUGGGUUUGAUGAUGUCACAAGAAAUUACAUGGACUACGUAAACCAUUGCUUUUAAGCGACAAAUCAUAUUACUUUGUCUUUGUGUAAAUGCAUACUUUAUGGUAAUACCCUCAAUUGUAAAGAUAUUUGCCAAGCAAGAGAAUAAUAAAUUAUUCGAAGAUA